ACCCCCGACCCCACAGACAGUCCCCCCUCACCCCCGACCCCACAGACAGUCCCCCCCUCACCCCAGACCCCACAGACAACAGUCCCCCCACACCCCCGACCAGACAGUCCCCCCUCACCCCAGACCCCA